GGAGGGGGGAAAAGAGAGAGGGAGUGAAAUAGAGAGAGAGAGAAAUAGACACACACAGCAUUGUUGACCUUCAACAGAGUGAACAGAGUAAAAGGCAGAGAAGUAAAGACCCAAUAGCCAGGCUGCCUCACGGAGGAGAGCAAAGACAGCAAAAGGGGGUGAGAGAGGGAGAGAGAGAGAGAGAGAGAGGAGAGAAAGAAGGGAGGGACAGAGAGAGAGGGAGAGAGAAGGAGGACAGAAACCCCAAAGUGUGAAGGAGACGACUUGAAAAGGCAUAAAAGAAGAGGGCAAGUACCAGCAGCAGGACCAUGAAGGCUGGGCUUGGAUAUUGCUCUCUGCUAGUCCUUCUCCUGACCACAGAUGUCUUGGGACAGCGUGCAAGGCCACGUCCAAAACCCCCAACCACAAGGAAACCUUCUCCACCUGUACCAAAGAGACCUUCUCCUUCAACUCCCAAAAAGGAACUCGAACCUCAGGAGCCCACUGAUUUUCCCCCUCCCAUCCUUGGUCCACCUUCCUCCUUCGCAGACUGUCCUAGAGAGUGCUUCUGUCCACCUUCCUACCCAAAUGCUCUUUACUGCGAGAACCGCAACCUCCGCAAGGUCCCAAUCAUCCCCUUUCGCACCCAUUAUCUCUACCUACAGAACAAUUACAUCGAUUCAGUGAGUGCAGACUCCUUCAACAAUGCCACAGACUUGAAGUGGAUAAAUUUGGGGAACAACCGCGUUCGCUCCAUAGACAAACAAGUGUUUGAGAAGCUGCCAAAUUUGCUGUAUCUCUACAUGGAAAGAAACCAGUUAAAGGAAGUGCCCAGCGCUCUGCCAACUUCCCUGGAGCAGUUGCGACUUAGCCGCAACCAAAUAUCAAAGGUCGCUCCGGGAGCUUUCAGCAAGAUGGAACACCUCGUACUCCUGGAUCUGCACCACAACAAGAUCAGCGACAGCAACCUGGGCAAGAACGUCUUCAAAGAUCUUAAGAAUCUAAUACAGCUCAACCUGGCACACAACAUCCUCAGGAAGAUGCCCCCAAAUAUACCCAACAGCAUCUUCCAGUUGUUUUUGGACAGAAACAACAUUGAGGACAUUCCUGAGAACUAUUUCAAAGACUUUUCGAAUCUAGCUUUUGUUAGACUCAAUUACAACCAGCUGAGCGACAAAGGCCUCCCGAAGAUGGUGUUUAAUGUCAGCACACUGCUUGAUUUGCACUUGGCUCACAACCAGUUGAGCACUGUUCCACUGUUCAACGGCCACCUGGAGCAUCUACACCUCAACAACAACAAUAUUGAGAGUCUAAAUGGUACGGAGAUCUGUCCCUUUAAGCCAAACGAGGAUGUGCAUGACAAUGACAGCGUGCCCAGGCUCAGGUAUUUGCGGCUGGAUGGCAACCACUUGAGUCCCCCUGUCCCCAUGGAUGUCAUCAUGUGCUUUAGACAUCUCCACUCCAUCGUGAUCUAGAAGGAAUGUCUGGAUCCUUUUUGAAAUUGAAGUUCUUGAACACGUUCAUGCAUGUAUAUACAUAUGUGCACAGCAGCGGCGGCCCUGUCCACUUGACAGUACUGACUGACUCAAGCAGUACUAUGGAAAACACAAGAAAUGGCUAAAUCUUUUCUUUUUUUUUUCUUCAGGAAUGUAUUUUUGAGCUUCAUGAGCUUAAAAAAUAUUUAUUAAAUAUUAAAAAUAGGAGUAACACUUUUGAGCAUGAAUAUUUCUGCAUUUAAGAUAUGUUUAUGUAUUAUUAAAACGAUGAGGUAAAAUAUCCUUGAAAUCAAGGUACAUUAACAGACAUUCUGUACGACAUUACAGUGGUGCUUGAAAGUUUGUAAACUACAGAAUAUAGAAUUUUUGAUAGAUCCCUGUUCUUUAAAUAAAACAGGCUCUGUCUAUUCAUGUCUGAUUGUCCUCCCAUUGAUUGAAAACACCUGACUCUAAUUUCAACUUUAAACUAACUGCUAAUCCUAGAGGUUCACAUACUUAAGCCAUUUACAAGUAUGUACUGAUGGAUCAACUGGGUCAAUAAAUAAAUUACCAAGUAUAAUAUUUUUGUCUGUUUUGUUUAACUUGCUUCUCUUUAUCUACUUUUAGGACUUGAAAUAUGUGAAAGAUCUGAUGAAGUUUUAGGUCAUAUUUAUGCAGAAAUAUAGAAAAUUCUGAAGGGUUCACAAACUUUCAAGCACCACUGUAUAUCUACAAUGUGGUUACAAACAAACUGUAGAACACUAAACAUUAAACUAAAAUGACUGGAAUUAUUCAGUAUUCUGAUCACCUGCUCCCAAACUUAGUUUACUAUAAGUCAUGUCUGAUAAUAAUUUAGCAAAAAAACAUUACAUGAUUAGCAUUCGGCAUUACAAAAGGUAAAAACAUACACAAACUAGUUAAAGUUUUUCCAACUACAUAGAACAUGCAUUGUUAACCAUUCGCAUGUUGCCAGUAUUUGAAGGCAUAGCCAAAUCACAACUAUUUUCAUGGAAAAAUGCAUGAAUGACAACGACACCAGAUAGUAUUUAGCAUGUUUUUGGAAGUGUUUAGUGGGUCAACAUGUAGAAAAAUGUAAACUGGACAGAAUAUUGCAGUGAAUGGAAUAUGGAAUGGAGUUGGUUACAGUGCAGUUGAAUAAAUAUGUUGUUGUUUUUUUUUUACCUAGCUAACUAUAGCCUUGCAUUGACAAGCCUUUCAAGAUCAAACUGACCACAGUGGCUUUCACCUUUAAUAUCGAUGGCUAACAUUUAUAGCCUGCUAGUGUAACCAGACGCCUGCUCUGGUUGACCACAACAGAAUCUGCCCCAUUUCAUUUUCUGCGUAACAGUUUUACACAACCAAAGACAGAAUUAAUACAGCGGAAAUCACCCCACAGCUCUGCCUUUCAAAUAAACCAUACUCGCCUCUAAACAUUGAAAGAGCUAACUAGUGGUUAGCGGGUAAUGCUAAUGCCGCUUCAGCAGUGCUAGAUGGGGUUAGCAGCAGGCUACAGGCUGAUAAUACUCACUUAAAACAGCUAUGUAGCUCUGACCGUGGUAACAGGUAAUGCUAAUGCUGCUCCAGCAGUGCAUGCUAGGUUUAGGUGCAGGGUACAGGCUGAUAAUUCUCACCUCUGAACGGGAUUUAAUGCUAAUACUGCUCCAGUCUUGAGUCCUGGUGCUGGAGAACUAAACUGAUACUCCUGUAUGAGGCUGUAACUUACAUCAGUGGAGUGGCUUUACUGCUUCUUACAACCUGACUCUUACAAAAGACAUUUACGUAUUAAACGUAAUCGCCUUAUAAUGCGAAAAAUACAGUAGACAAAACAUACAGUAUGUGGGUGCUAUAAAAAUAGUAUUUUAGCAUAAAACAAGCUGUUAUAAGCAUUUACAUUUGCUUUCUCCUGCUGGCAGUGUACAAAAUACUGAACCAAAGUGUAAAAUUAGACACCACAAAGCCUUCCUAUUGCUAAUAUAGGUACUUAAAUGCAAUAAUUAUGCAACAUGUGGACAUUAACUAUUACAAAAAUCUAAAUUUGCAAGAGGACAUGAAACUGGAUAGUUGAAAUUUCAGAGUUAUUUUAACUCAUUCAUAUUUAAAUUGUGUUCGGUGUUGAAGUUAUUUUACAGAGUUAAAUAUUUCAGUGUUAACCCAAACAAACCCAAUAAAUACUGCCCAACUCCACAGAGAUUUAAGCAGUAAAUCCAUUUUGCUGAAGUAAAGUUCUAUAAAGAAGUUUUCAGUGAAGUUUCUCCAGCAGCAUUAGCAUUAGCUGCUAACCGCAACGCUAGCUCUUUUGCCAUUUAGAGUAUAUCAGACAGUAGCCUGCAUGUUUACCGUGUUAAAAAAGCUACGUUAGACAAACCGCGAAAAACGCUAGCUAAUAGCACCCUGGGUUAACAGAACACUCAGUGUAGUGCUGUCGGGCGCUAAAUUUACUUGGCUAGCACUGCUGCUAACUGCAUCUAGCUCUGCUGCUAACUGCUGCUAGUGCUGCUACUAAAAUAUUGGAAAUUACGCUAAAAUAUUGGAAAUCUAAGCUUACUGUAAGUAAAUAAAAGCGCAUUACUCACCCAAAUAAACAGUUUUAAGGAGAGAAAUCUGUGUAGAUUAACAUCCAGCGCUCACUUGACUUUAAAAGAUAUUUUUUUUAAUAAGUUUUAUUUACUUAGGCACCCCCAGUGGUAAGACCUUAUAAUGCGCCUUAUAAUCCAGUGUGAAUUAUAGUAUGUAAAAUACGGUAACUUAAGUACAGACCUAUUUCAGCAUAAUUCAAUUAUCUUUUUUUUUCACAAUGGGCUGCACUGGCGUACUCACGUUUCACUGACACACAGUAGCAUUAGCUUACCUGUAGCAAUGCUAGUAUUACAACUCAUAAACAAUCUGGAAAUUCAGAGGAUGUUCCAGUGAUGUUUAGGAGAAUUGCGUUCCACAGAACACAAUGUAUAGGGUUUUGUCACAUUUACUUACAAAAUAAAAUCGAGGUUAGACUCAAAGUGCUAAAUGAGCUCAUAACAACAUGGGCAUUAAACCUACCACAAAAGAUGAACAUGGACUCGGGGGAAUAACGUGACUACCAUGUAGUUAAAAUGUCUUUAAUGUGCCUGUGUUUUUAAGGUUACAUGAUAUUCAAGAUAUUCUUGCCUUCAUUUGAUAUGCAAUUUUUUUCUGUACAGUAUAAAUAAAUGUCUCUAUCAUGGUGCUCUCUA